AUGGAGGCCAGCCGAGACCUUGGCCAGCCCGUGGCAGCCCAGACCCAGACCCUGAUGGCCGACCUGGAGCAGCUGGACGGCCGGCGCGCACAGCUGAGGCGGCGGCUGGCCACCGGCGAGCGGCGGCUGGCUGUGUGCAGCCUCCAGCUGGGGCUGGAGGACAGCCCCAGCAUGGCGGCCGGGCUCAAGGCGGCCGGCAAAGCGCGCGAGGCGCAGCGCUUUCAGCUGGCCAAGAUGCUGGAGGAGGAGUGA